AAUGAGGUCCGAAGAACUAUGGCGAAUGAUAUAUUCUGCACUGCCUAUGGAACACAUCUGAUGCACUUUCAUAUAUUGGAUCUACUACCACAUGUUUGGCUGAGCACUGGCAUCAUUAACUGUUGGGCAUCUAUGCUUAAUCAUGACGAAGUCAAAAGACGAGAGUUUACAAUGCCAAGGCUGCUUUGUCAUACCACCCUUUUUACUGAGGAAAUGCUGACCAAAUCAAGUUAUGAUGACAACAAACGCUUAGAUAUGUUUACUAGUGCCUUGAGGGUUGUGUUGGAGGAAAAGGAGGAGUUAAUGGACCUGAAAGAAUACGGGAACCUUAUUUUCCCAAUUCUUGACCGUGGACAUUAUUAUUUAGUUUGCUUUGACCUGAAAAAUCUGGCAAUUACAGUUAUAGACAAUAUGGAUCCUUCUGAAAGUCCAGUGAAAACAUUUGACGGUAACGAUUUCUUCUUAAAGUCAACUCCGAUGAAAGUGAAAGAUGUGGUCGUCAAAUACCUGAAACAUGUUCGUCAUCCACGUUGUCAUGAUAUUGCAGCUCGUCAGCCUGUUCGUUUGGAGAUAAGUUGGGCGACGACAGGAAACUAUGAAGACUGCGGAAUAUACGCAAUGCGACACAUGGAAACCUGGAUGGGGAUCACUGAGGAUCGCUGGCACGUUGGGUUCCCAACCGAAAUGGCGAAAGCAAAGAAGAAGAUCGCACAACUUAGGAAGAAGUAUGCAGUGAAGCUAAUAACUUCGGAGGCGAACAUACAUCGCGAACGUAUUCUAAAAGAAGCCUACCAAUAUGCCGGCAUUAACAGGGAUAAAUAG